GACAUUAAAUAGAAUAAACAAACCACAAAGACUUUCUUUUCCGGCCAUUUUCUUUUCCUCUCUGUCCCCACACUACUCAAUACAAGUAGUACCUCUCCAACACCUUCGUAUUUUUAACCCUUUCAUAUUCCCCUCUCUCUCUCUCCCCCUCUCUCUCUCUCUCUCUUCCCAGAUCCAUUGCUUUAUCUUGCAGCUUCUUCAGCUUCAUCCUGCAGCCUCUUCAGCUUCAUCCUGCAGCUUCUUCAUUUUCAGGAGCUUAGGUAGAAGCGUAGAACUUGGUGUUGAAAAUGGCUGCUUCUGGGGUUAAUUCUAGUAAGCAAAUGAAGAGGUUGGAAUCAAGGAAAUCACAUUCUUGGUGGUGGGAUAGUCAUAUUGGUCCCAAGAAUUCUAGGUGGCUCUCUGGAAAUCUUGAAGAGAUGGACCGGAGUGUGAAACGGAUGUUGAAGCUGAUAGAAGAGGACGCAGAUUCAUUUGCUAGAAAAGCUGAAAUGUAUUACAAGAAGAGACCAGAGUUGAUUGCUUUGGUCGAGGAGUUUUACCGUGGUUACCGAGCCUUGGCAGAACGUUACGAUCAUGUGACCGGAGAGUUGCGGAAGAAUGUUCAAACUGAUCUCCAAUCUCAAGGCUCGGGCUUUUCAGACACCGGCUCUGAACCGUCUUCGACUCUGCCCUCUCCAAAUGUUGGUCAUACUAAAUCUAGCAACCGAGCUGCUGGGUUUGAUUUCUUUCUGGGACCUGGUGGAAAUGCUUCUGAUAUAAACCAAAAAGACGGAGAUGAGUCCUCGAGUGUGACGGAUUCUGAGGAGGAAUCUGAUGAUUCAUCGGUCAAUAAUUAUUCAGCUUUCUCACGGAAUGGAAGUGAUCCGGGGAUGAACAGAAGAAUAUCCGAGUUGGAAAAUGAACUACGCGAGGUGAAAGAAAAGCUAUGGACACAGGAAGGGGAACACGUAGAGGUUUCCGUUUCAUCUAGUGAGGCUAGAAUCGAGAAUGUUGAAGACGCAUAUGCCAAGAUUAAUGCAUAUGAACAAGAUCUAAUGAUUGUGAAUGAAAAGUUAAAGAUUUCAGAAGAAGAAAUCGCUAAACUAAAGACUGAACUCGAAAACUACAGAUCCUUGGAUUCAGGAAAUACCGAUGCUAGUGUCGAUAAGGAACUGGAGGUUCAAGGAAGCAUUGAUGGUGCGGAUAGGGAAUUGUUCGAGCCGAGUAAUGACACUGUGGCACUUACAGAGGAGCUUCAAAUCGUGAAAGAAAAUCUCAAGGCUUCCGAAACGCAAGUUGCUUCGCUGAAAACUGAGGUGAAUAAAUCCAAGGAAAGAAUUCAGCAGCUGCAGGAUCAACUUGACUUGGCUCGAAAGGAUAUUUCUUCUUGGAAAUCCAAAUUCAACGCCGAGAAAAGAGAGAGCACGAAAUUCCAAGAAAGACUCGUGAGGUUAAAGAGUAGUUUAUUGGACCGGGAUAAUGAGAUCAGGGAGUUGAAAACAGCUGUAUCGGAUGCCGAGGAGAAAAUCUUCCCGGAGAAAGCUAAUUUGAAGUUGGAAAUGUCCAAGUUGUUGGAGGAACAGACACAUUUAAAAGAGCUGAUCCGAGAAUGGGAAUGCCGCGGUCGAUCGUUUGAAGAGGAGAUCAGAAACCUUCAAUCCGAAAGGAUUGAAAUCGAGGCAGAAUUCAAAGACAGAAUCGAAUUGCUAAAGGCAGAAAUCAAGCAGAGAGAAAACAACAUAAAAGAACUCAAUGUAAGCCUUGAUAAUCUCAAUAUCGAAAUAGGUUCGCUCAAGGAAGAUGUGAACUCUAGAGACGGCAGGAUUGAAAGCCUCGACCGACAUUUGAACGAAUUACAUAUAGAACAUGUCCAACUGAUUUCCGGAAUGGAAGAAUCACGCAGACAAGCAGAAGAGAUGAAAACAAAAGCUAAGAAACUCGAGGAACAGGUGGAGAGGCAAAAAUCGGAGAUUUUAGAAACAGCCGAAGAGAAGCGCGAGGCGAUUCGGCAGCUAUGCUUCUCUCUUGAACACUAUAGAAAUAACUAUCAUAUGCUUAAGCAGCAUUUCAUAGGGCAUAAGAGGGUUCCAAUUUUGGCUGCAUAAUUAUUAGUAUAAAUCCAAAAUGUGAGUUUGUAUAAUUUUGUUAUUUUCACGUAUAAAGCUGAAUUGAUCUAAGUAAGUUAGAAGCUGGUUCUUGAAAAGGUAUCUAUAUCUUUGUAUUAUGUUCACUUUAUUGUAAGAUUACGAUUGCAUCUUGAUGUAAAGUGUGGGGUACCCCACUAUCCUUUGUCUA